GUAGGAUUUUCAGUCUAACAUUGGCGCCUCAAUGUCUGGGAAGACUUCUCGCCGGUGUUGGCCGUUGGAUUGUCUGCGGUGAUUGCACGUCUUUUCGGUCGAAAUGUGAACCACCUCGGUCGGAAUGUUUUCUCUCAAUCAUGAGCAGAGGAUAUGCUGCUGAGAGGAAGAAGACAGAUUGUGCGUCAAGAGCGAGUGAGGAACAGUUGACUAGUACCAGAUUGUGCGUCGGCGACCAAAGAGUCGCUGAUCUACCCAGAAGUGCCUAAAUGAUCAAUAGGACAGCCACCUGUCAUUCAAGCCCAUCUAGCUCCCCCAGUGCUUUCUAGUGACAUCCUUCCCCACGAACGACGACAUGUCAUCCUCGAGCAAAGAUCAUGACCUGCGCACUAGUUCCGUCUUCUCCGACCCCACUGCAGACAUUAUCCUCCAAUCUACAGAGGGCACCCUCUACCACGUGCACUCCGUCGUCCUGCGCACGACCUCUCACUUCUUUCGCACCCUACUUUCACUUCCGCAGGGGGCCUCCUCAUCCUCCGUCCAACUUCGCGACUCGUCCGACCCCCAAAUGGAAGUCAAGCCCGAAAUCAUACCUACGCACGAGGCUGAUGGACCGAUGGACCGCGUCCUCCGCCUGAUGUGCGGGCUGCCCAUCCCCCGGUGGACCGCGCUAUCCGAGAUCCUGGCGACCCUCGACCUCAUUGAGAAAUGGGAUGCCCCCGGCCCACUGUCUGUCAUACAGGCGAGCAUCGAGGGCCACCCCCUCUUCGCCGCACACCCCCUGAAAGCCUACGUGCUCGCGGCGCGCUUCGGGUGGGACGACGAGAUGCCCGGCAUCGCACGCCGCACGCUGCAAAUCGAUCUGCUCUCGGGCGGAAGCGAUGCCGCAGGCCAGGCGUACGAGGAGGACCUCUGCCGGCUCAGUUCACGGAGUCUGCUGAGGCUCGUGACGUACCACGACAGGUGCAAGGGGCGCUUCCGCGAGGCCCUCGAGGGGACGGAGCUCUUCGCGUCUGGAAACGACGAGCCGCGGGAAUGCAACUGUGGCCGGAACCGGGACAACUACCCCUGGCGGAUGCUGAAAGCAAGGCUUCUGUCCGAGUUUAAUAAACGCCCGUUGGGGGACACGAUUCUGUCGGAGAUGGUUGGAUGGCCUGAGGCCGCGGCCUGCUGGCGGGCCCAGUGCGCUUGUUCGCAGAAGUAUUACGACCACAGCUCGACCGUCGCUAACAUAAAAGCGUCCAUUCGAAACGCUGUUGAGCAAGACUUUGUCGCAUAAUUAGCGUAAAAUCAGCAGCAUGCUGAACUAAUAGCAUAUCACCCAUACACUUGUCUCACAACGACUGUUCACCGCAUGUGCCAGCCACGGCGAUGUGACUGGUAGAGCUACCAUCCCUGCCGGCCAGGUUGCUCAUAAAAUACGGCAGCUCAGUCCACCAUUUGCGACUCACAGGCAGAAAGCUGCUUUCCACACAGACUACAGUGCUUCCUUGUGCUUCACUGCUCGACGAGAUUCGGUCCGGAGAGCGGAUCGGAUUGACAGUGACAGUAGCAGUGAUCGAUCCUCGACAUCCGAUCACCUCUCGAUCGGCACGUGGUCGUGGCAGUCACCAUCAUUUUCUUUUGCUCUCCCCCACCUGAAUAAAUAAUGGGUCGCUUGCGUCGCUCAAGAGCUCACCAUGCCCGACGGGAUGUGCAUCGAGGGGCGAGGACCAGGGCACGAGGACGCGAUAUCGACCAGAUUCAGCUGCUAGACCUGGAUCCCAAGCGACGAGCUGAGUUGCAGGCCCAGCCGCUUGACUAUGAGCGCCCCGGCCUGGCCCAGCACUACUGUGUCGAAUGUGCAAAGUACUACGAAACCGACAACGCACUGCAGUCACACUGGAAGAGUAAAAUCCACAAGCGGCGAUGCAAACAGCUCAGGGAGCCGGUGUACACGAUCGAGGAGUCGGAGCGCGCUGCUGGUCUCGGGAGGGAGACGAGGAUACCGAGGACGGAGCCGACGAUGGAGGUGGAGACCUGAAGGCUGGCUUGCUUUGUGCUCUCGUACUCCCCCUGUUUUGUUUCGUUGAUCGUUUCUGUAUCCUAUCGCUCUCUCCGAUCUUGGCUGGUCACCCUGAAUACCAUGACAUCGCUCACGCAUGUGCACCAUCGCUCAACAGCAACGGGUGGGCCACCGCUGCUGGAGUCUCGAACUUGGACAUGAUCUCUGCUUCCGUCUGCGAUGUGCUAGCUAUUGUGGUGGUCUGCUCCGGGGUUUCGGG